AUGGGCAGCAGUCAAUGGGAACUACCUUCCCUAAGGGGAACCGUCAUCCUAGGGGUACAUACAUGGGCCAAACAAAGUCUGACAAGCUCAUCCCAAUGCUUUGACGUCAAGUUCUAUCCCUACACUCUGCCCGGCGUCGACCCGGUUUUUGCAGUCUGCGGAGGCUCGUUUCUUAUAAUCUACCGAUGCGUCCUUGAGAAAGAUUCCACCAUAGAGAUCCUUCGCUGGUUCGAGAGUGCCGACGAAAAUGCUCCAGAAGGCGAGCCACUGAGUUACAACAGUGUCGUGUGGACCCAAGCGGAAAAUGGAGACCCAUUGGUCUGCGUGACCGGCAACCCUCAGAUCAACGUCUUCAACGUCAAAACCGGUGUGCUUGAGGCAACAUUGAUAGGACACGGGGAUAAAAUUAAUGAUCUCGCCGUAUCCCCUAUUGACCCGACCAUCAUGGCAUCUUGCAGCAUAGACCACUCCGUGCGGCUAUGGAGCCUUCAGCCUACUCACAAGGAGAGACCACUCGCAGCCAUCUGCCAUGGUCAAGGCCACAAAGACCAGGCAUACCACCGCAAAGGACGUUACAUUUUGUCUGCAGGAAUGGAUACAAGGAUCAACCUCUGGGUUGUUCCUGACGACCUGAAAGAGCAUGCGGGGACUGAUAAACCAGCAAUGGUCCAUUAUCCCCACUUCUCCACAACGGAGAUCCAUACCGAUUUCGUAGACUGUGUCCAGUGGUACAAUGAUCUUAUCCUCAGCCAUGCCUGCAGAGAAGACAAGAUCAUAAUGUGGGCUAUUGAUGGAUUCAACUCAGACCGCAGCGUCAUCCCGCCCGCGCCUAUACCUACCUCAAGUGCCGUGAACAGCAGAACGCCAGUCACUAUUCCCGCAAACUCUACAUCCAAUACACGAUCAGCAUGGCCUGGACGCUUCCAGCGGCUUAUGCAAUUCGACCUACCGCACACUAUUAAUUUCUAUAAUCGCUUCUCUAUUUUCCACGAGCUUGGGCAUCACCCAAUUCUCGCCGUAGGCAAUGAUAAGAGUAAAGUUCAUUUUUGGGACCUCCAGCGCCUUGAAGCUUCUAGCCCUGGCCAAGACGGCUACCCGCCCGAGGGCGCAAAAGGCUUGUCUCGAUACUCUCGCGAGGAAAGCUUAAUCUCGAACGCUUCUUCUGCCAUCAGCGCCGGCUCGACGAAGUCUAAACAGAAGAAGAGCAAGAAGCCGCCUCGAGAAACAGGUAUAUCCGACCCUUUCCGUUCGAUCCAUGCGCACAAGAUUAUCGAGAUACCCAAGUACAAGGCCUUUCCAUUUCGGCAGUUUAGUUGGAGUCGAGACGGCCAGUGGUGUGUUGGUGUGGGAGAUCGCGGCUUCAUGACUGUCUUUCAUCGAUGGGAGCAAGGCGUUCCACCACCUGAAACGGAUGCUGAGGUAGACUUGCCGAUACGGCCGCGGCCGCAGGAAAUAAGUUAG